CUGCCGGGGAGGGAGGAUCAGCCCCCGGCAUCCGGUGCCUGCCGCAGCCCCGGGCGGGCGGUGCCGCGUGGUGAGCGGCUCUCCCCUCGUCCUGCGAGCGGGGACAGAGCCAGCACCGCCGUGCCAUGACCAGGGGAAAGGUCCUGAGUGCCUGGGCACUGCUGGCCGGGCUGGCCGUGGCCAGCUGGGGGGUCCGAGGGCAGAUAUAUGUGAAGGAAUUCAGCGGGAAGGUGUUCCUGGAAUGUGUGAGAGGCCAAGGCAACAAAAACAUCACCUGGUGGAAAGAUGGGAGCAUUGUUGGGCACGAAGCACAGCUGGACCUGAGCGGGGUUUAUGAUGACCCCAGAGGCCUCUACGUGUGUGAAACAGGGGGCCAAAGGAAAAGCCUCCAGGUGCACUAUCGCAUGUGCCAGAACUGCAUCGAGGUGGACGCUCCCACCAUCUCGGGCAUCGUCAUCGCAGACGUCGUGGCCACGCUGUUCCUGGCAGUGGCCGUGUACUGCAUCACUGGCCACGACAGGGGACACACAUCACGAGCUUCUGACAGACAGAACCUGAUCGCCAACGAGCUCUACCAGCCCCUCAGAGAGCGGGAGGAUGAGCAGUACAGCCGGCUGGCUCCCACCCGUGCCCGCAAGUGAAGUGAGAAAACUCUGAGCCUCUGAGACUGCCUUCUUCAACGAGCUGGUUUUGCUUGGAGGUCCCUCCAGAAUGGGCUGCUUGAAGCCCUGUGCUCAUUCCUUGCACUUCUACAUUCCUGCCAUUAAAGAUGAGCCUGCCCCACA